AAAAGAAAAUCCAAUUUUAAAAUCUCAAAGCUUUCUCCAAGAAUAAGAAAUAUUUAAGCUUAAACCCAUAAUCAAGCUUCAGGACAAGAUAACAAAAAGAUGGCUUUUUUGAGGAGUUUCUUGGGUGCUAAGCAAAUUAUGCGAAGGGAAUCAUCGUCGACACCAAGAGGAUUCAUGGCGGUGUAUGUAGGAGAGAAUGAUCAGAAGAAGAAGAGAUAUGUGGUGCCGGUUUCAUAUUUAAACCAGCCUCUGUUUCAAGAACUGUUGAGUAAAUCCGAGGAAGAGUUUGGUUAUGAUCAUCCUAUGGGCGGCUUAACCAUACCAUGUCAUGAAUCUUUGUUCUUCACAGUCACAUCUCAGAUUCGAUGAAGUAGUACAACAACAUUUCCAUGUAAAUUGUUUCAAUGAGAGGAAUAUACCUAGAGCGUACAUGAUUCAUUGCAUGUUAAUACAUUUUGUGUCUUGCACCAAAAAAAAUACUACUAAUAUAGACAUUUGUGUCAUUUAAUUCUGGACACCAAACAUUUCGUUCAGAUUUUAGUGAAACGGCAGAAUUUGAACUUAUAUUAUUCUGGA